CUGUCAAGCUAAAGCGCAAAACCAGGAAGACGACAAUUUUGCAGAACGACGCGUCCCGCUAACGAGAAUCUGAGAGGGUUGUGCGUGGCCGCAACCCGAGACGUAUAUGGCCAAAGUGAGGCGAGCACAGUUCUUUUUGGGAGGGUGUAUGAGACAAGAAUUUGACUCGGUCACGAGGACGGACUGGUCGACACUCACAGCCACAGUAACGCUUAUCCCAACUGAUUUCUCGAGGAUAUUGCAGACGCUAUCGCCCAAUGGCCUUCGGAACGAGCGCUUGAAAUUCUGCCUAUCGAGAAAUGGAAACGGACAGGGGAAUUUUAGGGGACACACCGAGAGAGGGUGCGAUCUGUGUCAUCGACGCAAAGAGGGAGCUGGCCUUCACCGCCAGAAAUACGCAGCCUGCCUCCCAUUACGCAACCUAUCAUCCAGCAUGGCAAGCCACCACCGUCGCCGGUUGAUACAUCUUUCGCGAGGCAGCCAUUUGCACCAUCCUUGUCGUCUCGGUGAGAUGGAGGGCAUCGCCCAGCUAAGCGCCGCCUACGCCGCUGCUCACCGCCCGGCUCUCAAACGGCAAUCUCCCUGGCUGUAACUCCAGCGAAAACCGUUUCCUGCUGGUGAAGGUCUCAUGCCGGUCAUCUGCCAGCUGUUUUAGGUCCGAGGCACUUCGAGAUGGUCGAGUUCCUUGUAGCCGUGCAAGGUCCCAAACAUAGACAGCACGACUUGGGUCAGCAUGAGGUCGCCGUAACACCAGAGGCUAAGAGCAGCCGACUUCCAGGCUCUGCCGAACGCUUACCCCGCAACAGACUCCCGCGUCUUGCGUGAAAUGACUUGACGGGCGGGAAGGAGGGUCGACCCGGACAGGUCAGGCGAACAUUUUCUCAGAAUGGUCCGCACACAGAACGAGGCAA